AAUAAAAUAAAAGUCAUAAAAAAAGGGGCAUAAACCGUAAAAAUCACAUUUCUCAGAAAACACAAAAACUAUGCCCGAAUAGAAUUUUCAGACUUAUACUUCCAGAAGUUCUAGGUUCUCCCUCCAUAGUUCCCCGACAACAUUGUCACCACCUAUAAAAGCUUGCAAAUUUUCCUUUCAACCACCUGUUUGUUUCCUGAGAAAACUCAGCACAAACAAGAUAACCAACAGCCUAAACAAUCCAACCCAACCGAAUAAGAAGUAGAUUUCCUAUCUUCCAUUCUUCCUCCAAGUCUUUAAACUCGAGCUUAAGAACGAUAUUCUCAUUCAUUUUAGCUCGUUACCUCAUUUUCUUUUCGUUUCUGCGUUCAGACGUUGACUGACCCAAUAGUUAUUUUUUACUUUUAGUCACGUCGCGUUGUGCUUGUUGUUUUUCUUUUUGGUUUUCUUGAGGUCUUUUGGCAUUUUUACAAAUGGAGGAAUCGGCUAAAGUACGGCUGGUUCGAUGCCCAAAGUGUGAGAAUCUGCUUCCGGAGCUAGCUGAUUACUCUGUCUAUCAAUGUGGUGGUUGUGGUGCUGUUCUUCGAGCCAAAAGUAAACGCCGAGAAGGGGAUACUUUGUCAGAGAAGUCAGAAGAAGAAAGGGUUGGAGUUGUUUCAGUCAAAUCGGAUAAUUCUUUGGAAAAAAGAGCAGUGGAAUUGUGUGAUGCUUCUGAUUCAGAUGUUAAGUCUAGUGGUGGUUCUUUAAGGUGUGAUCAAAGUGACUUCGAUAUAGAGAAGGAAGAUGUUAAAAACACUGAGAAAUAUAGGAACCAAUCAAAGGUUACAGCGGAGAAAUGGAUUGUUGAGAAUGGUCUUGACAUGAAUUUAAAUAGAGAUUGUGAGUUGGGAAAUGCAAUGGCAGGAAGAGAACAUGGGCAUUUUAGUACCCAAGUUGGUCCAACAAAUGCAAACCAAAGAUCAGCAAGAAUGUCAGAUUGGAGAAUUGGGGAUGGAGGUGAAAUGGAGGAGCCUUGGAGAAACCCAAAAACUGAUGUUGAAGGUGUGAGGUUUUCAACUUCCAAUUAUGCGGAUGAGGGCUCAUCUAAUUACCAAUUAGGUUCUUCUUAUGGUUUUGGAGAACCAGUGAAGAAACAUAACGACCCAGAUGGACCUAAUAGAGCUCAGUACCUUGAACAUGACCGAGCUGAGCUUCUGAAGAAGCUGGAUGAGCUGAGGGACCAACUUAGCCGUUCUUGUGAUUUGGUUGACAAGACAAAAGAAAAAGUUCCUCUGGAUGCAAGGGUAAUUCCUCCAGAUCCUUAUGGUGGUUCAGACUCUUGGUUUCCAGAUGCUCCACCAGGGGCUAAUAGGGCUUCCAUGCAGUUCUUUAGACCUGAUAAACAUGUUGGACCCUCUCAGUUCAAUCAUUACACUGAGCCUUAUCCUUAUACCAAUGGGCAUGAAAUUCCUGCUCGGAGCUUUUAUCCUUCAAUGCAUAAUCCACAUCGUAUUCCUGGAUAUGGAGAUCCUUUCGGAUCCCAAAUGCUCAAUGGAGGUCCACAACACUUUCCUAAGCAAUACCAGCAACCUUCCCAUCCAUACUUCUCCACACGGUAUGUGGAUACUAAUCCUGAUCCUUUUGAACCAUUGACACAAAAUGCAAUGUUUCACCAGCCUACAUGUUCUUGUUACCAUUGCUACGAGAAACAUAGGAGGGUUUCAGCACCAGUUCCAUCCACUGCUUUUUGUAAUAAUCGCUUCCCUGAUGUUUCAAGCAAUCCCAUGCCAUAUCACCAUGAAAAGCCUGGAGCAUUUGGUCCAUUCGAUCCUACCAAAUCUAGGACCGCUGUGCAUUCAAAUCUACAUGUUUUACAACCCCAUACAAGAAGGCCAAGUGACAUUAACUCUGAUUUGGGCCAUGUUCGUUCACGUCCUCGAAGGAUCAUGUUGGCAAGUGGUGGCCGCCGUUGCCGGCCCAUUUUUGGUGGUGCUCCAUUUCUGACAUGUAGCAAUUGCUCUGAGGUUCUGCAACUGCCCAGAAGAGUUUUGCAUAUGGUGAAGAAUCAACAGAAAAUGCAGUGUGGAACCUGUUCUACUGUAAUUGAUUUUGCUGUUGUGGACAAGAAAAUUGUUCUUUCUGGAAACCCAGAAAGAUAUAAAAUUCCCACAGUGGUUAAUAAUAGCUUUAAUGAGGUGAUCAAAGAUGGUACUUCGAAUUCCCACAACCAUGUGAACCGGACUUAUGCUAAUUUCUCUUCCGAUGAUUAUGAUAAUUCUGGUUAUGAUUUUCAGUCAAUAGAUAGAGAACCUGUUUCACUAUCUAUAGGCUCUGGCUUGAAUUCAAACAAGCCUCAAGAGAUGCAAAGUUUUCAUUCAUCAUCUCCAUGCAUGUCAGAUGAUGAAAAUAGCCCAGAAGUUCCAAGUGCUCAAAGGGAGGUUACCAGCUCAAUGCAACGGUCAAUCAAAGCCGCUUUAUCCCCGCCACCUCCUGGUUCACCUCUUCAAGAGCAUUUUGACUACUCAUCUAAUAAUUAUGCAGGAAACCGAUUUGGGAAGGGAAACCGCAGUAGUCGCUCAGACCAAGAGAAGGUGAAAUCAAAUAAAGCUACCUCUCGACAGAAUUCUUUGAAGGAGGCAUCACUGGCAACUGAGAUGGAGGUUUCAUUCAAUGAGUACUCUAAUACUGGGAUUUCCCAGGAUUCUGGGGAUGCAAGCAGAGAUGAUUACCAGCCGAAAAGCAAUAAAGGUGGUGAAUCCUUCCUCACGAAUAUCAUUAAGAAGAGUUUUAGGGACUUUUCCAGAUCUAAUCAAACAGAUGAUCGUGGCAAAAGUAACAUUUCAAUAAAUGGGCAUCUCAUACCAGAAAGAGUGAUAAAGAAGGCUGAAAAACUGGCUGGACCAAUCCAUCCUGGACAAUAUUGGUAUGAUUUCCGAGCUGGAUUCUGGGGUGUUAUGGAUGGGCCUUGUCUUGGAAUAAUACCUCCAUUUAUUGAAGAAUUUAAUUAUCCCAUGCCCGAGAGCUGCUCUGCUGGAAACACUGGGGUCUUUGUGAAUGGAAGAGAGCUUCACCAAAAGGAUUUGGAUUUACUGGCCGGUAGAGGACUUCCAACUGCUAGAGAUAGAUCUUACAUCAUUGAGAUAUCUGGGAAAGUCCUGGAUGUGGACACUGGAGAAGAGCUAGACGGCCUCGGCAAACUUGCUCCAACAGUUGAGAAGGCAAAACAUGGAUUUGGCAUGAAACCUCCAAGAGCAGCUGCAUAAAUCGACUUGGAAAUUUUACAAUUUCUUCUGACUUUGUGGAAAAUCACGAGGCUUCCUUUCUGUCUCCUGGUAAAAACUAUGAUCCGGACCAAAGUCCUGAUAUUUUCUGCACUGCAGGACACCAUGUAUUGUCAGAUGGAAAACAAGAUAUCUAAUGGUUACUAUGACAGUGUUGUCUGAAAGCUACUCUUCUAUCAACAACAACAAAUUUAAUGCUUCGACUCAUCCAAAAUUUCCUAAGGUUGUCCGAUGCCAUGGUUUGUGGUUGCCUUGUUUUGGCCUUUUUUUCUUUUUUUUUUUUUUUUUCCCCCUUCUUUUUUUGAAGAUUUCGAUCGGACUCCAGUUUUUGCUGUAUAUGGUUUGAUUUGUUACUUUCUUCUACUUUCAUUUAUCGAAGUAAUUCAAGUGUUCAAUUCUUACUGUAUAUGCUUGGAGAUUAAUAUUUAAUAUUCAAAUAAUUCUUUCGUUUU